AUGUCGCCGAAGCCUGCCGAAGUCGUUUUCUCACCUGAUGUCAAGAACAUGGAUGAUUGGGCGAGACGGACUCGUAUGUCGCUCACGACGGCGGAUGCCUUGGGGGCGACCUAUGCGCGUGCCCAGCCCUGGUUCGAGCAUCUGAAGCAGCAGCUGGUGGCUGAGUUCAAUCGUAUGCUCUUUACCCUCGAGAACGCCUCCAUUUGGAGCUCGACUACCGGCCACCCUGCUGGCCCCCCGCUCAAGCUCCAGCUCCCUGUCCAUGCCAGCUCCUUCUUCUCACCCGACCGACGCGUCCAGUGGCAGAUGGUCUUCCACAGUGACAUCUUCGAGUCCGUUCGCAAGAUCUGUCCUCCCAUUGCCGAUAUCCUCUACCUCUUGCAGUGUCUCCUACCGGGAAUGAUCACUCUCGUCUUCGAGGAGCAUAUGCCGGGUCAGGGCAUCUACAGGACAACCCGUGGUCUGCCUCCUGACUCGUGGGUCAUCAAGAACGAGCGCCAGCUGGUCAGAGUCGUCGGCAUCGACCGCUUCAGAGAUCUCCGUCGUGCUUGCAGCGACACCGCACUUUCGUAUUCGCUCCAGGUCAUACGACAAUGA